AGUUGUGCGGGAGUCUGAGUGUUGGUUGGUGGUAGUGUAACUCGGUCCUCUCAAAAUAAAUAGAUCACUGAAACAUCAAUCUAUUGCAAACUCAGUUGAAUGAAAAAUAUAACUACAGUUCUAUAGUAUAAUUUAAAAUUCUUCUUAGUGUUUGUGUGUGUAUGUUGAAGUAGAGAAUUAUUUUAUUAUUGUGAUGAACUAGUAAUUGAAUGUUUGACUGCUCUCUAUCACACCUAAUUUUGUGGUUCCAGACGAUCCGGCAUCGAUUUUGACUUAACAAUGCAGUCGAUGAGAUGACUAAUUGAAUUCAUUUGAACAUGAGUCGACGUAGAUCAAAGGCGGCCUCUACGGCCGCUCCCGAGCAAAGACUUUCCGUGAACGCCCUGUGUUUUUUGUUUACUUGUGUGGUCCUACUCGUAGCCGUCAAUGCAUCUGACGGAGGAUUCUGGAAUAGCAUUGAUAAAAUUACCAAGAACCUCGAGGUCGCCUUUGGGGACCUUGAUAAUAAACUGCCGAAUUAUACAGACUACAAGGACAAUGAGGUGUAUCUGAGCACCAAGGAACCCUUCAAUUCCAGAGGAAUGGCUGGAUUGUACAAUCUGACCAUGAAGUUCAUGGAUUGGAUAAUUAACCCCGAUGACUUGUUGAUGAAAGAUUUAGUGUUAUUGGAUGCUAAAAACAACAUAAUAUUGAACGAUGACAUUUCCAUUGGUCAAGUGCUGAAACAUUACUGGGGUCUCCUGCUGAUCGUUCUCCUGCUGAUUUUGAUAACCAUUCUCGUGCCGUUUUUUGGAUUAUUUUUCUGCUGCUGCCGAUGUUGUGGAAAUUGUGGUGCCAGAUCUCAACCUUGCGACAAGAAAAGGGACCUCUGCAAAAAAGUAUGCCAAGGAUCUCUUUUAAUAAUAUUGGGAACUGCAUUGCUUUUCUGUGUAGUUUGCGCCUUUGCGAGUAAUCAACAGUUACAGAAUGGAAUAGAGGGGUUCUCGGAAAAUGCCAGGAAUGUAAAGAAAGACUCCGUUUCAUAUCUUGAAAGUAUAAAAACUCAAGCAACGAACUUAUGCGUGCAGAAUUAUCAAGAGUUUUCCAAAUUAUUCAAAGCUACAAUUCAACAAGCCGGAUUUCAUGUAAUGCAACAGCUUACUAUCUGGAGCAAUGCCACUGCCAUGAUGCAUUUAAAUACUUUUGUUGCCACCAUACCAAACAUAUCUAGGGAUUUGAAUAUUUUGAAGGAAGAUACAAACAGUUUACGUGCAUCAGCAUCUCAACUGAAUGAUGCAAUGAGAAAAGUGAAGAGAGAUCUGUUGGGAACCCUAGAAAAAUGCAAACUAUCAGACUGUAGUGAAAUUAAAAACAAUAUCUCCCAUCUUCAGACCAACAUUGAUUUCAAUAAGCUACCCGAUGUUUCACCAACUAUUGAUAAGUUGAAUGAAUUCAACACUGAUGAAUUGAGAAGGGCAGCUGAAGAAGGAAAACAAAAGCUUGAUGGUAUCGAAGAAAAAAUCAAAGCCGAAAUGAAUGGCACUCUAGAUCAAGCUAUAGCAAAAGUCGAUCAAGCUGGGGAAACAAUAAAAACAUACUUAAAUAAUAUAACAGAAGCUGUUUCAAGUAUUCAAACUCAAAUAAACUAUGCAGAUGACCACAUUGAUGAUAUGAAGAAGUACAUUCAUGACUAUGGUCACUAUCGAUAUUAUGGAAGUCUGGUAAUUAGUUGCAUUUUACUGCUGAUAGCCAUUUGCAUAGCUUUUGGAUUGAUUUGUGGUAUCUGUGGUAAAAGACCUGAUGGAUAUAGUGAUAACUGUUGCAAUAAAGGUGCUGGAAGUCAGUUUUUGAUAUGUGCUGUGAUGAUAAUGUUCAUUUCUACACUACUUAUUGGAGUCAUAACAUUAGUAAUGUUGCUAUCAGGUUUAGUGUCAGAUAGAGCAGUUUGUUAUCCAAUGAGAAACCCCGAGAAAUCAAAAGUGUUGGAUCUGUUAGAUGAGUUAAUUGAUAAACAAAUAACCAACCAGGAUUUGCACAUCAACGUGAAAGAUACUUUACAACGGUGCUAUAGAAAUGAAAGCAUUUACAAAGUAUUCAAUCUGCAAAGUAAAUUCGAUAUUGACACCAUAACCAAUAAGUUUGAUAUAUCUCAAUAUUUGGAUCAGAUGAAUUCAAAGCUGACAGAUAUUCUAAAGAAUGAUUUUACAAUUCUGAGUGAACGCAAUGAAAAUAUUUUGAAAAACUUAUCAAAUUUCGAUCCAAGUAUUAACUUUGAUCAGUUUCAACAUGAGUUGAAUGAAAAUUUCACCAACCUCAGUUUGAACGAGAUUUCUAGUACCUUACGAAAGCUUGCAGAAAGGACAGAGGGCGAUGUGAAACAAGAGUUAUUACUGAGUAUUUUACAUAUCAAUACCUACGAUGAAAAACUUCUUACUCCAAUGAAAGAGAAGGCAUCGCAAGUUAUCGUAAUAGCACAGAAUCUGGAUUCAGCUUUGAAGAUGAAUUCAAGUAACUUCUCGGAAGCUAUUAACAACUUAAUAACUGAAAUCGAGAAAGCUCAGGAAACAUUGAGGAAUGAUGGAACCAAACUGCUCAAAGAGGCUGCCAAACAAAUUAGUAAAAUUAUCAAAGAUCAGGUCGACAGUUAUUUGAAUAGGGUAACUAAUGUGACAAGAGACGAAUUAGGUCAGUGUGGGCCAUUGAAUGUUGCAAUUCAAGCAACAUUAAUUUCAACUUGUGACAAAAUCCUAUUACCGUGGAAUGGAUUUUGGGUGACUCUCCUAUUCACCUUGCUGUUGUUUAUACCGACCAUCAUUGUAUCAGUAAAGUUAGCGACACUUUAUCAGAAAUACAAACAAAAUGGGCAGUAUGUUGAAACUGAGUAUUUGUAUGAUGCCUAUGCUGAUCGUGGGGAUAACAUUCCCCUGAAUAGUCGUGGUGCAAAACAAAGAGGGGCUAAGAAAAAGAAGAAAGUAAAGAAGCACGAGGAACGACCUCAAAAUAUGGGAGGAGAGGUGGUGUCUCGGGAAUAUGCUGCAGGAUCACAUCCACCUGAGUCUAGAUAUGCUGAUAUGGCUCCAAAGCAUUGGGAAGAAUUUCCAAAUGGUGGACCCCCACAAUACCAAAGAGCACCCACAGAAUACGAGAGGCCACCACCUUACUACUACCCUGGAACAGGUGAGCAGUAAUGGACAGAGACUGAGCUGGAUCUAAUCAAAAUAUGGAUGAAAUUAUGUACAGACUGACAUGAAACAUUGAAAUUACGAGAAAUUGCGGAAUAUAAAAGUCAUGCCAUAUGAUAGAAACUAAUUCUUAGGAAUAUUCUGUUUCCAUCAGUACGAAAAUCUUUCACUCAGUUCCGCUGAGAAGAUUAUUCAUUGUAUAUAGUCCUAUGAGAGAUUUAUUUUUUUGCUCAAUUUUGCCGAAAAAUAAAUCAAACAAUCUAUUGAAUUAAGAUAUGGUUAAUGUGAUAUACUCAGACUUCUCAAAUAUUUUUAGUUUGUUCAAAAGUUAGUGUUGAAUUUAUUUUAUUACUGUAUCUUUCUUUUAUUAUUUCAGAACAAUUCAUCUAAUAUUAGAUAAAACUGACAGCGCUAGUCUGUGAUCAAGUGGUUAAUUUUUGUGCAAUCAAUACAAAUUAGGUUUGUGUUGUUAAUUAUAAGGAGCAUUGCUGGAAAUCAUCAAAACAUUGCUAAGAAUAUGGAAUCUUGAACCUGAACUCUUGAACCUGAUAAUUCAGGUGAUGUUGAAAGAACAUCAGUUUGUAAACAUUAAGUAAAACAUGACUGGAUAAUUGCAACUCUUUCCUGGUACUCUGUUCUCAAAGCAAGUCAUGAUUAUGUGAUGUUCUCCAGUUGUUUUCCAUUGAAAUAUUUAGAAUAUAGUUUUUUUUCUAUGUAUAGGUAUUCUUAUAUAAUUAACGUUUCAAAUCACACUUAUCUUUACAGAUAUGAAAUUUUUGUUUGAAAUGAUAUAAAUAUUGUCUUAUGUUAUAUGGGGAGUUGAUUUUUUGUCAUCUUGGUAUUAUGAAGAUAAAUGAUACAAUGACAUAUUUAUUCACAUCACAUCUUGAAGUGUUUGGAUAAAACUUUCUCAUAUUCCAAGUAUUGUAUUCCACUUUAGAUGUAAAUAUUUCUGUGUUCAUUCAUAAUUUGUGCUCAAUUUUAAAAAAGAUGAAUUGAAGCCAAAUUUUGCCAUAUAUCAUACUGUACUCAAAAUCUUGUAUUUAUUACUUAAUGUUAAAUAAUUGAUUCCAAUGUUUAUAAUAAAAUUUUGAAUAUAUAUUAAAAAAGUG